GGCCAUAGAGGGAGGCUCUCUGUUUCCUCUACUGCUGCUUCUAAUCCUCCAUAGCUUUUUUGUCAGCCCGAGGUGAUCAGCAGCCUCUCGUUUUGCCUGUUAAAGAGUUCAUUGUCUAAUUAUAAAGCUAUCUCUUUUUGUAACUACGCUACAAUGGCAUACAAGUCCACAAGAGGAACCGUGAAGGAUUUUUCUGGAUUUAAGGCGAAUGAAGAUGCAGAAGCUCUUCGCAAGGCAAUGAAGGGUUUGGGUACUGAUGAGGAAACCAUCUUUAAGCUCCUCACAUCUAGAAGCAAUGCCCAGAGGCAGGAAACUGCUGCUGCAUUCAAAACCUUGUUUGGCAGGGAUCUUGUUGAUGACUUGAAGUCAGAGCUUACAGGCAAAUUUGAGAAACUGAUCGUGGGACUGAUGACACCGGCUUCCAUGUCUGAUGCACAUGAACUAAGACAUGCCAUAAAGGGUGCAGGUACUUCUGAGAAUGUGUUGAUUGAAAUUCUAGCCUCUAGAAGUACAGAUGAGGUGAAUCACAUCAAACAAGUCUACAAAAAAGAAUAUGAAAGUGAAUUGGAAGACAGCAUAACUGGGGAUACAUCUGGAUAUUUUCAGAGGAUGCUAGUUGUUCUUGUCCAGGCCAACAGAGACCCAGACUCUAAAGUGAAUGACUCCAUUGUUGAGAAAGAUGCACAGGAUUUGUUUAAAGCAGGAGAGAUGAAGUGGGGCACUGAUGAAGAAAAAUUUAUCACCAUUUUGGGUACUCGCAGCAUUGCUCAUUUAAGGAAAGUAUUUGACAAGUAUAUGACCAUCUCUGGAUACCAAAUUGAAGAAUCCAUUGACCGUGAGACAUCUGGCCAACUAGAAAAGCUACUCCUUGCAAUUGUGAAAUGUGUCCGGAGUGUUCCUGGAUACUUUGCAGAAACUCUCUAUAAUGCAAUAAAGGGUGCUGGCACUGAUGACUGCACUUUGAUAAGAGUUAUGGUUUCCAGGAGUGAGAUUGACUUACUUGAUAUAAGACAUGAAUUCCGUAAACAUUUUGGCAAAUCCCUGCACCAAGCCAUUAAGGGAGAUACAUCUGGCGACUACAGGAAUACCCUCCUCCUCCUGUGCGCUGGAGAUGAUGAGUAACAUUUCCAUUGUCAAGAAGGAAUCCCGCUUUUGGCAAACCAUGUGUGCUGUUCCAGAGCCUCUCCCAGAGCCAUGUAGUAAUGCUUUGUCACCAUGCUUAUUUUACAGCAUAUCGUAUUCAUAGCUUAGUUAAAAGGAAUACUUUAACCAAAGUUAAUAUGAACUCUUUUCAGGUUUAUUCUAGAUUGGAACCGCAUUGCAGGUGCUAUUUGUUUUUAUGCAUUUUGGCUGCGUAAAAGUUAUUUGUUUAGAUAGACCUAUUUCCUUAAAAUGUUAGAGCCUUAGAGGGAUUUGUGCCCCAUAUUUGCAAUAUAUCCUCACACAUGGUUUACUUUUAUACAUUAUUCAUCCAAGACCAUUUUGUGCAAGAUGUAGUUUAUUCUGCUCAAAACCUACAUUUCAGUCUGCAAUUAGACCAUUUAUUGCUUUUUUUUUUUUUUUAAGCUUUCACUUGACAGCUUGAACAGCAAAUAACAACUGCAGUAACUCUGAACUAUUUUAAGAAAAUGUUGUUUUGUGGUCUAUCCUUCACUCAAAAUAAAUAAACCAUUUUUCCUAGCAA